GCUCCUCCCAAAGUGGAACAGAGUAAAACUGUAAUCAUUGCAGGUGGGUUCAGUCCAGUGAGACCAGAUUGGUUGUGUCUUUCCUGUAAUUCUCAGAUGUCCGGGGCUACGUCUCCUUCUGGCGUGUCGUGAAAGGCUGAGGACCAGCCGGGCUCGGGCAGAAACAGGAUGGCUUUCCCCAAAUCCCUGCGGCUUUUGUUCAUUUUCCCCUUUGUCUCGGCAGCGCUGGUGGCACCUCCGACCAACGUGACCCUAACCUGCCGAAACCUGCGGAACAUUUUGCACUGGGAUUAUGAGAACGAUGUUCCUGGGCUUAGAUUCCACGUUUUGAUCAACUCUGAUUCAGAAAUGCCAGGUUGUUCUCCAGAAAUGAAGCUUAACGAAUCUUCUCGACAAGCGGAUCUUUCGUUUCUGUCAAAUCCGGUCAACGUAUACUUUAUCAGGGUAAAGGCCGUGCUGGGGGAAGAUGAGUCCACAUUCGCUCCAAAGAAUGGAAUCGAAUUCACUUAUUUCUCCAGUGCUCUGGACGGUGAGAAAUGUCUUUUGGAUAUCCCGCCCGUUGGCAUCACUACCCUGCAACAUCACCACAUGCAGGUACAUUUCGAGCAUCCCUGGUUGGUGUACAAGGACGGGCUGUCUGGAUGUAAGAAACGGAAGAAAAGUCACCAGGAAAAGAACAAACUACCAAACUUUAAGUACACCGUCAAGGUGGUUGGCCAGGAUAAGUCCCACACCGUUGACUGUGAGGACGCUGUGUGUGAGACCAGACUGCAAGUGGACAUGAAGCAGGACAAACACUGUCUGAAAAUCAAUGGAGAGCUCGAGAUGAUGACUGUGGUGUCCACAAAGGAAUUCUGCACCCAGAAAGCCCCACCGCCUCUCAAUCACACCGGCCUCAUUGUUGGCAUCACCAUUGCCGUCAUAGCAGCAGUGGCUUUUGUUGCCACCAUGGUUUUCUGGAAAAAGACGAGACCCAGCCCGCAUAAAUUCAAACCUUUUAUAAUCCAUAAAUCAAAGACGCUAGCGUUUAAACCCUUGUCUGAUCAUACCAGUCCUGUGAGAGUGGACCCUUUGCCGAAAAGUCCAGAAGAGCCGCCUGGGGAAACCAUCAGUCGAAAGAGUGAAGAGGACUAUGACCUACGCAUCAAGUUGUCACCCAACAACCAGGCUCUUUCUGAAGAGCCGGAGGAAGAGAGCACGUCUGAAGACCCGUACAUGAGCGGGCAAAAACUGGAUAGUGACCCUGAAGAGCCAAACCUCGAAGAGACGACCCGCUCUCCUUAUGAGUCCCGCGCGGUGGUGCUGACGUUGGCUCCCGAGGACCGCGCUGAGGGAUACCGUGCCUGAUUAAUUGGUUUGAUCUAGAAGAAAAGAUUAACGAUACAAUUGGGGAGGGGGAACUGUUACAUUGAGCCCUUUUCCUUCUCUUCACUGACUUAGCUGAGAAUCAUUGUCACACAGUGACACCUGCUGGCUGAACACUAGCAUUACCACAUUUAAUGAGCUACUGAGCGCAGCAGAAAAAAUAUUCCUUUCAAUUGCACUUUUUGUAUAUAUAUAUUUUUUUUACCGCUAGUGUUAGAGUAGCAAGUUAGAUUUCAAAUCACCUUUUAGCUUUAAUUUUAGUGACUUUCGUUGUGCUGACUGCAGGGGAUCUGGAUUAGUUUUUCAGCACUCGCCAUCACCAGAAACCUGUGAGCUGAGAUGUAGAUUUUUUUUUAAGAGGUGCAGUUUGUUUCUUAUAUGUAUAAUAAUUAGCUAAGUGGGAGUGUUUUUUGUGCCUUUAUAAUCAAUGUUUUACUGAGGUGAAAGUAAAGAUGAAUUAAAUUUUGGAGAAUCGUGAAAGUUGA